AUGGAAACCCACAAAGCCCUAACCCUUCACGCCCACACCCGACCCUCACCCUCUCCACCCCCGCCAGCCGCGCGCAACCAUUGGCCCCGCCACGCGACGUAUGCAGAGUACGCGCGGUUGCCGCUGGAGAAUCUGUUCGUGUUGGAUGAGCGGGUUCUGCUGCAGGAGCGCCAGUUCUCCAUUGCGGAUCUGUCGUGUCUUGCGGUUAGUUCAGUGGUCCUUGAGUCCGGCUUGCUGCGGCUGAGGGAGACGAUUGGAGUCGAGCAUGUCGAGGAGUCUGGCCUAGAGGAGGCGACGGAGGCCCUGGAGGCUGGGGUUGAGGACGAGACUUUUUGA